CUUCAUCGGACCUCAGAACCCGGGCUUCAACCCGAAGAUUCGUAAACUCAAAAUUCUCUUGUCUUGUAAUUUCGUUUAUAUCGUGGUAUAGCCAUUCAGUGAUGGUACAUGAGCAGCAACAGAAAAGCUGAUUCCGCAAUCAGUUCUUUUCAUGCCUCUGUUCGUCAUCAUGUCGAUCAGACUAGCAUGUACGGGACGUAGACUGAAGGUGCCGCACCUGGCAUCUCUUCUCUUCCUUCUCUUCCUCUUCUCAGCGGUCCAAGCCCAAAUCGACCCCCAAGUCACGGUCCUGAAUGGUACCUACGCUGGUCUACACCUCCCAGAAUUCAACCAAGACGUCUUCCUAGGCAUGCCGUACGCCCAAUCCACAGGAGGGCAGAACCGGUUCCGAAUUCCGCAGGCACUGACGGGGUCGUGGAAUGGGACUCGGGACGCUAAGCAGUAUGGUCCCGCGUGUCCGGAUGAAAAUGUCGAGGUAGAUGGGGUGUAUGGGAUGGGGGAGGAUUGUUUGAGUAUCAAUAUCGUGAGGCCGGAUGGAGUUGAAACAGGAGAGGAGGUUUCAGGAUUGCCGGUUGUGGUUUGGAUUCAUGGGGGCAGUUACCAGGCCGGCACGAGUGCGCUAGAUUAUUAUAACCUGACGUACUUGGUUCAGAGGUCGGUUGAGGUGGGCAAGCCGAUUAUUGCCGCUAGUAUUAAUUACCGGAAAGGGGGUUGGGGAAUGAUGUACUCGAGGGAGAUUCAGGGAUCUGGAAACGCGAAUCUUGCAUUGAGAGAUAUGCGUAAGGGGCUCGCGUGGGUUCAAGAGAAUAUUGAGGCCUUUGGGGGCGACACCUCGCGGGUCACGAUCUGGGGCGAGUCUGCAGGAUCUUUUGCGGUUGGUCAACUGCUGCUGACUUAUGGUGGCCGAACUGAUGGGCUCUUUCACCGGUCUAUCCAGGAAAGCGGCUCUGCUACAACAGCAUGGUACAAUGGCUCAGACUGGUACCAACCCAUCUACGACAAGAUCGUGGACCAAGUCAAUUGUACCGACGUACCAGAUACACUGGCUUGUCUCCGUACUGUCGACUACGAAGUCUUGUACCCCUUUAUGGCAUCCUCCAAAGUAAAGGGUCCAGGUUUCUAUCCCACAGUUGACGGCGAUAUCAUACCCAAUUAUCCCAGCAUCCUCCUCUCCACGGGCAAAUUUGCCCACAUCCCGCACCUGUACGGCACCAACUCUGACGAAGGCACCGACAACGCCCCCUCCGGCGGAAUAAUCAACACCGACUCUGACCUCCGUACCUACCUCCAGCAAGCCACCGGCUUUGACUUUCCCCCCUCAGUCAUAGACCACAUCAUGACCCUCUACCCCGACGACCCCACCGUCGGUAUUCCCCUCAACACCGGCACCGAACGCUUCGCCGACAAAGGCUGGCAAUACAAGCGCAUCGCCGCCAUACUAGGCGAUGUAUUCUACCACGCCCCUCGAUUGUUCGACGUGCGGAAUUACGUCAAGUACGGGGACGAGACGUAUGUCUACAGAUUUAACACGAGGGGAUUUGUCAAUGGCACGAAUGAAACGUAUACCGAUUUGAGCGGGGAGAUUGCCCCAGCGUAUAAGGGGGUUGCACAUUUUAGUGAGGUGGCGUUUGUGUUUGGGAAUCCGAAAUAUGUUGGGCCGUGGUCGGAUUAUGAGUCCUUGAGUAAGCAGAUGGGGGAGCAGUGGGUGAAUUUUGUGUAUGAGGGGAAUCCGAAUGGGUUGUACUUGCCAGAGUGGCCCAUCUAUGGUAGUCGAGGGGAACAGGGGGUGAAUUUGGUUUUGCAGACGGAGGCGCAGGGGGGAAGUUAUGUGGAGGAGGAUACGUAUCGGUUGGAGGGGAGAGAGUAUUUGAUUGAAUGGGCCAGGAGGAGGCAUGUUUAAGGAAGUGAGAUCAGCGUUCACGGUUGUGAGCAGAGGAUU